AAUAAAUCAAAAUGGCGGCCACUAAUUGGGUUUCAAAGUAAGACGUCCCUCUUUUUACAUUUAUAUAUUUAUUCCAUCGUCAAAGUAGAUUAUUUUAGGACUAAAUUAGCAGCUGAAUCAUGGGGCUACUCACGAUACUGAAGAAAAUGAAACAGAAGGAAAAGGAAGUUCGGAUUUUGAUGUUAGGUUUAGAUAAUGCUGGUAAAACUACAAUUCUGAAGAAAUUUAAUGGUGAAGACAUCAAUACAAUAGAACCUACUUUAGGGUUUAAUAUCAAGACGCUAGAACAUAGAGAUUUCAAGCUAAAUGUUUGGGAUGUUGGAGGCCAGAGGUCCUUACGAUCAUACUGGAGGAAUUAUUUUGAGACGACAGAUGGUCUAAUAUGGGUGGUUGACAGUGCUGAUAAAAGAAGAAUUGCUGAUUGUAGAAAUGAAUUGCAGGGACUUUUAGUUGAAGAGAGACUAGCUGGGGCAACACUACUGGUGUUUGCUAACAAGCAGGACUUGCCUGGUUCAUUAUCAGCAGAGGAUAUAAAACAGGCACUUAACCUCGAUUCCAUCAAAAGUCAUCAUUGGCAGAUCCAGGGAUGCAGCGCAGUUACUGGAGAAAAAUUACUGGAAGGCAUUGACUGGCUAAUAACAGAUAUUGCCUCGAGGAUAUUUACUUUGGAUUGAUUAAUAAUAUUAUUGUUAUUAUGAUGGCAUUGAAAUAGCAUAAAUGCUGUAGAUUUUAUUUUCCUGUAUGAGUGAGUAAACAAGAGCAACCUCUA